CCGCGCGGGGCAUGUUCAAGAUCUGACGGAACAAAAGGAAUCGACUCGCACUUAAACUAACCGAAGCUCCAAAUUUGAAAAAUCUUAACCCCACUAGUACGAUGCAUGUGCUUAACGAAAAUACGAGGUGGAAGCCUCGUCCCUGGUCAACCAAGCACGCUUCUUCUUGCUAGAUCCAAGGAACACUCCAAAGUCCGCUCUCGCCGCGCCGCACGCCGCGCAGCCACUCGCGUUGCGUCACCCACUGGCAACGCCCCCAACCAACAACCCUGCGCGAUCACUCCGGCGGGCCGGGGAUGGUGGGGUGGGUGCGCGUGCGGAGCCCGCCGGUGCUGGAGUCGAAGCUGCUGUGCGUCUCGCUGCUCUACCUCCUCACCACGCUCCCGCUCGCGCUCUACGUCUCCUUCUCCGACCCCGGCCGCCGGUGCUCCCGCCUCCUCCUGCCCUCCUUCGCCUCCCCUGCGAAGCCGGAGCUCUUCGAGUACCCGCCCGGGUACGGCGAGCGCAAGCACGCGCUGCCCGUCACGCGCGCGCUCUGCUCCAGCCCCGUCGCCUUCGCAGACUACCAGAUUGCCUUGGAGGAGAUCGAUGGCCUCUGCCGCAACCUCUCGGCGUCCGCGUCUAGAUCACCUGCCCUCCGGUACCAGGGCGGCAGGAGGGACACGUUUGCAGGCAACCUCUCGACCCAGAAGCGGAGAUCGUUCUUCAGGCACACUGACAACCUAGUGGAGAUUCCCUGUGGGUUCUUCAAGGAAUUCCCCGUCCCAGAAGCUGACAGAUUGGCCAUGGACAACUGCAGGGGCGUGGUGGUCGCGUCGGCGAUCUUGAACGACUACGACAAGAUCCGGCAGCCUAUGGGGCUCGGGGCCGGGACGCUGGCCACGGCGUGCUUCUUCAUGUUCAUCGACGACGCCACCCGCAGGGUCCUCGCGCGCCACGGCAUACUAACAGCAGCAGAGGGCGCGCGCCGCCGCCGCGGCGGGGGCGCCGUCACGGUCGGCGCGUGGCGCGUCGUUACGCUGCGCGCCGGCGAGCUCCCCUACGAGAGCCCCGCGAUGAACGGCGUCGUCGCGAAGCACCUGCUGCACCGGCUGUUCCCGAACGCCAGGUUCAGCGUGUGGGUCGACGCCAAGAUGCAGCUCACGGCGGACCCGAUGCUGCUGGUGCACGCGCUCCUCGUCGGCAGGGGCGCGGACAUGGCGGUGUCCAGGCACCCGUUCAACGUGCACACCAUGGAGGACGCGGUGGCGACGGCGAGGUGGCGCAAGUGGGGGGACGUGGAGGCCAUCAGGAUCCAGAUGGAGACGUACUGCGCCAACGGCCUCCAGCCAUGGUCCCCCAGCAAGCUCCCAUAUCCAUCAGACGUGCCGGACACAGCGAUCAUCAUCAGGAGGCACGGCCUGGCCAGCGACCUCUUCUCCUGCCUGCUGUUCAACGAGCUGGAGGCGUUCAACCCGCGGGACCAGCUCGCCUUCGCCUACGUCAGGGACCAGAUGAGCCCCAAGGUGAGAAUCAACAUGUUCGAGGUCGAGGUGUUCGAGCACAUCGCCGUCGAGUACCGGCACAACUUGAAGCCUGACGGCCGGGGAGGAGGGAAGCAGGGGGUCACUAGGAUGGCAUCCUCAAGAGACAUCACCGGGAGCAGCUGCGAGGGAUAUCUUCUGAAGAUGUGGGGCGACUCUCCUGAGUAAAGUUUCGGCAGAUGCGCCCCAUUGUGGUUUCCAUUUUUUUUUUGGUUAUGAAGAUUGCAUGAGUGUACAUAUACUGGCAUACUACUGCAAGGUAAUUUUGAUAGAGUAGAAUUUUUGGUAAAUAAUCAUACA